AUUUGUGCAAUGAUUGGCAGUAGUAGCCAAUGCCCCACAAGGUGCUGCAUGGGAAACUGGGAACUACGUCAGAACGAGGUAAACCACGUUCUUUCUCUUUGCCGAUCCGCCAUCAUGGGUUUCGCCAACGUUUGGUACUCUCAUCCCAGAAAGUACGGCCCUGGCUCAAGAUACUGCCGGGUGUGCAGCAACCAUCAUGGUAUCAUCCGCAAGUACGGCCUGAACAUGUGCAGACAGUGCUUCAGGCAGUAUGCCAACGAUAUCGGUUUCAAAAAGCUUGAUUGACAAGUGGAACAUCCCUUGUUCGACCCAUGCUGUGAGCUGAAUGGAGAAACUGACCAUAGGACCUGGCCCUGCUGUGAAGACAUCUUCCCAGCGCCAUCACAGUCAUACACAGCCCGACAGAAGUGCACCAGUUAAGGACUUACUGAGGAAAACUCUCCUUUAACAUCGCCAACAAUGGACAAUAUCAUCUGACCAGAAUGAAGUCUCCACCAACUCACAUCAGCUGGGUGAAAUAAAGCCUGAAAACCAAA